AUGGAGGUCAGGGAGGGGCCCCCGUGUGAGGAGAGGCUUCCGACUCCAGGAGCCGAGGACCACCCAACUGGCCACCUAGAGCUGCAGGGCGAAGGUGGCACUGAGAUGAAGAAGCCGGCUGAAAACCUCAGCGAUGGAAAGAAGGACGAGGGCGAGCUAGAGGAAGAGCUGGAUCCCCGGAUACAGGAAGAAUUGGAGCGUCUGAACCAGGCCAGCGAGGAGAUCAACCAGCUGGAGCUGCAGUUGGAUGAUGCCCGCACCGCCUACCGCCGAAUCCUCACCGAGUCUGCGAGGCGCCUGAAUUCUCUGGCCACUCAGCUCGGGGCUUGUAUUGAGAAAGCCAGGCCGUACUAUGAAGCCAGAAGAUUGGCCAAGGAGGCUCAGCAGGACACUCACAGCGCUGCCCUGCGGUACGAGAGGGCGGUCAGCAUGCAUGCCGCUGCCCGGGAAAUGGUGUUUGUGGCUGAGCAGGGUGUCACUGCUGACAAGAACAGACUGGACCCAACGUGGCAAGAAAUGCUGAACCAUGCUACCUGCAAAGUGAACGAGGCGGAGGAGGAGCGGCUACGCAGCGAGUUUGAACACCAGCGGGUGACCCGGCAAUGCCAUGAAGCCGAAGCCAGAGUGCAGACCUUGCAGAAGAGCUUAAAACGGGUCAUCAUCAAGAGUCGCUCAUACUUCGAACUGAAGGCGCAGUUCAAUACAGUGUUAGAGGAACACAAGGCCCGGGUCACAUCUCUGGAGGUCUCGGUGUCACAGGCCAAACUGCGAUACUCAGCGGCACUCCGCAAUUUGGAGCAGAUCAGUGAGGAAAUACACGCCCGUCGCACUAAAGGCCCCCUGCUAACACUCCGGGCCCCACCACUUGGGGCCGAAGCCCCCGCCCCACUAACAGACGCCGAGAUGGGCCCGCCCGCCGAUACGGUUUCCCUCCUCAGCCUGCAGACCAUCGCUUCUGACUUGCAGAAAAGCGACUCGGUGGAACACUUGCGAGGUCUGAGUGACGUCACCAGUCUGGACGGGAGAGACAUGGAGGCUGAGGAAGAAGAGAGCAGUGCAGGCCGGGAGAGACUCAACGAGAGAGGAAGCAGAGCGACCUUCGGCCAUCACCGGAGUGUCAGCCUCUAA